UUUGCUUUUCGACUUGUGAGAAGAAUCAUGUGUUGCGAAACUAAAAUUGAUAAGAAAUAAUUAUGGCUGAACGUGCGAGCUAUUUAAUGGGAGGAUUAUUUUUCCUCUUUUUAGCUUUUUCUGCAAGAGAAAUAUUUUCAAGCAAUGAUGCAUCUUUUGUGAAAGAAAUUCCCAGAACCAGCUUCAAACACAUGAGUGGUCCAACCCUGAAAUUUUUAUACUGUUUCUCCUGAGGUUACCGACGUGUCUUCGAGCAGUAUGCAUCCAUACUUCAGGAGAAGUAUCCGGGCAUCACCGUUCUUGGAGACACUUUCCCUCCUCCCCCCUUCCGUAUGCAUUUUGCAAGCCUCAUUGGAAUAGCCAAGUGGUGUCUAAUUGCUAUGGUCUUAACAAAUAUUAAUCCUUUCCCAACAUUAGGUCUCAACACACCCAUGUUUUUCAUUUGGAUGACUACAAAUAAGAUGUAUGCAUGCUUGAUGGUCUUUUUCUUAAGCAACACAAUAGAAGGUCAACUACUUUCCACCGGAGCUUUUGAAAUCAUUUUCAAUGAUGUUCCAGUUUGGUCAAAAAUAGAAACUGGAAGAAUUCCUUCACCUCCAGAACUUUUCCAAAUCAUUGAAAAUAAUAACUUAUUUAGGGGAGCCGAAGCAGCUACAUUCAACUUAUAGCAUAUAUACGGCAAGGUAUUUUAAGAGGCUAUACUGUACGUUUUCCGUCUUCAAUAUUCUGAGGGACUAUUAUGAAACUCUUCAUGUAAAGCAGUUCCCUGCAUAUGAAGAGUGGAUGUUUCUGUCUGCAAACAUUGAAGUUGGAUAAUAUACAGCUUUUGUUGACCUUAUUUUCCCUUGCAUCUUUGACACAGAUGUUAAAUAUAUAUAUAUUUAUAUAUAUGUAUGUAUGUAUAUUGUGUUCUUUGUGUGUGUGUGUUACAUUUAGUUUAAAUGUGUUUCAUUUCCUGUUUUUUGCGUAAAAAUAAAAUGCUCAGUUCAAAUAUAAUUAAUUUAUUACUUAUUAAUUUUGACCUUUUUUAAAUUCUUUACUACACAAAUGAAGGGUAUGAUUGGUCAAGAGUUGCUUUGUACAUUUGUUUUAUGCUGAUUCCUGUGUUUUUAAC